UCCACAGAGAUGGCAGACCCUGGAAAUGACUCGGACAGUGAUAUCAGUAAUAUUUCAGGAGGCAGUGAAAUGGCAUGGAGGCCUAUGGCAGCAGGUCCGAUGGCCUGGGUCCAGGAACAGAUGAUGGCAGGUAAAGAUCCGCGGGUUAUCCUCAGGAGGAUUAUCCCAGAUCCGGAUAUUAUACCUGACCAUCUAGAAGAUUUCAUCCUGUGGAAAAUUGUGGCCAGUAUUGUCAGUGAACCUCCUCGUAGGAAGAAACUGAAACACAUCAACACCGUAGAUGAUGUUGUGACGUUGCUAAAAACCUCCAAAAAGAUCAUGGUGCUGACGGGUGCUGGGGUAUCGGUUUCAUGUGGUAUCCCAGACUUCCGAUCCCGUAAUGGCAUUUAUGCUCGUCUAGCAGUGGAUUUCCCAGACCUGCCAGAUCCCCAAGCCAUGUUUGACAUCAGCUACUUCAGACAUGAUCCGAGACCAUUCUUCAAAUUUGCUAAGGAAAUCUACCCUGGGCAAUUUGAACCAUCUCGCUGUCAUAAGUUUAUCAGCUUGCUUGAUCGCAAGGGGAAACUACUGCGUAACUACACACAAAACAUUGACACAUUGGAACAGGUUGCUGGGAUUAAAAAUGUUAUCCAAUGUCAUGGUUCCUUUGCAACAGCAACUUGCAUGACCUGUCGAUACAAAGUGGAUGCAGAAGCAGUCAGAAAGGACAUAUUUGAUCAGGUGAUCCCUCAUUGUCCGCGGUGCAGCCCCUCUUCCACGGAAGCGGUCAUGAAGCCAGACAUUGUGUUUUUCGGGGAGAGUUUACCUGAAGAGUUCCACACCCAGAUGGCAGCUGACAAAGAUGUGUGUGACCUGCUCAUUGUGGUUGGCUCCUCACUCAAAGUCAGACCAGUGGCACUUAUACCCAAUUCUAUACCUGCAGAAAUCCCACAGGUCCUAAUUAACAGAGAGCCGCUCCGUCACCUGAACUUUGAUGUGGAAUUGUUGGGAGACUGUGACGUGAUCCUGGGAGAGUUGUGCCACCGGCUUGGUGGGGAAUGGAGUGAUCUUUUCACUGAUUACACUCGCCUAGAGGAAGUGACUAAAGGGGAACUGUCUACACCAACUGUCAGUGAUUCGGACAAUGGAAAAGUUUCACUGGCAUCAUCAUCUGACCCAAGCCAACAAGCUAGUUCUACCUCGGUCCAAUCUUGUUCUACCACUGAGACCAACUCUGCUUUGAAUAACGCUGAAAUAAGCUGCAUUUCAGAAAUUAAAUCUGAAGGCGAUGUAGCGCCCUGUGACACCAAAGCUUUGUGCUCCUCAGAUGCCAAAGCCAAAGAUAAUGUCAGUACCAUUCCCUGUCAAAGUGGAGCUUCUAAUUUGCCAGAUUCAAACGGGGGAAGCCAUGCCAGCGCUGUGCAUACUAAGGGAGAUAACUCUCCAAAGAGCUCACAAAGCCGAGGUCAAGACCAUGACAAUGAAAACUGCACAAGUGAACAUGGUGAAUCGGGGGUGUCGGCAGCCACACUGAGAGACUGGUGGCAGUCAAGACAUUCCAGCAUUUCAAGCCGCCUAUUAAGCAAUCAGUACCUGUAUGUACCUCCCCAUCGCUACGUGUUCAACGGUGCAGAGGUGUACUCCGACUCCGAGUCAGAAGAUGGGCAGUAUGAUGAUGCAGACGAAGAGUCAAGUUUGAGCAGCUUUGGUGCUGCUGACAGCGAGCCCAGCAAGAGUGUGUGUGAAAUGGCUGAUGACAAAGGGAAAAUGGACAAGAGUAGACACAUUGAAAGUUGUAGUGAUGUACCCCAUGGGAGAGCAUCAAGAAUGGUGCUGCUGUAAACGAGCCUCUUUCUGGCCUAGCAGCUGGGCAUGGUGUGGCAGCUCACAUUAAUAGACACACCCCUGAUUUUAACGACAAAGAGAAAGUGGUCAGCAGAGAUGCUGCAGCUCAUGGUGGUACUCUUCUCGGGGAAGGAGGUACAUCUCCAGUUGUACAUGACAUUACUGACAAGAAUGGUGCUACUCAUUCAAAUGUGACAAUGACGCAGUCCACCUCCAGUCCAUCCUGAGCUGCCUUAUUAUUCCACUGGGUUGUGAACUACCAUACUGUUAUGUACAAAUGUUAUUUGUGUGUGACGUAGGCAGGUGCUUGUAUUUGGUCAUUCAUUGCAGCUUUUGUGGGUCUAUAUGGAUUGGUAGGCAAAGUGCUUUUCAUCAUUUUCAUCUUGAAUAGGGGAACAAGUAGAUCUGAUGUCAUCUACUGGUAGACUAUGAAACCAUAUAUAAUCUCAUUCGUAUCACAUCGUUUGUCAGAACAGGGGAGACUACUCCACCUUUUUUAUCUUCUGCAAUUCUGAAGCAGGGAACACCUCUAUCUCUCAGUUAUUUACUAACUCAUUUCUGAUCCUAUUUCCAUAAAAUACAGGUACAUACCCAUGCUGUGUAUGACGUCAACAGUGGUAUUUGCAGUACACUCACAAAAUAGGAAAGAAACCAUGUACACAUAAUCACUCAAUGUCACUACUUCUGCAUUCAUUUUCUAGUUGCUCUAUAAUUUGUUAGAAGUGCUUUUACAUUUGAACUAAUUCCAGUGUUCAUUAUUCUGUAAUCAUGAUUAUGAACAAACUAGCGUUUCAAUGAACCUGAUGAAUGUUAUUUGCAUCGUAUAACAAGGAUACUCAUAAUGGCAGCUAUUUGGCAGUUGAACAAACUUUUUUUGCAAAAGUUUUUAUCAGUUUCAUUUCAUUUAGAAUUAGAAUCAUUAUGAAAGCACUUGAUUCACAGGAAGUAUCUUUAUGAUAUAUUACAUAUGGAUUACACGGAUGUACAAAUUCUCUCAUACUUUGGUCAUGAAAUCACACUGGAGCAAUAAAACUUGAGGAUAGGUUUGUACAUGUUUUUUUAUUAUUAUUUCUUAGCUCAUAUUUUCAGCCUUAAUUUAUGUAAAAUUCCUUAGAAAUAUUUUUGUCGUAUGGUCUAAGUGUUCGAUUUUCACGGAGGUACAUUUAUGAUGUAACGUAAUUCAUUUUGUGGGUGUUUUCUUUUUCUUUGUAAGCUUUUGUAUUUAUAUUGAUGAAACAUUGAUUAUAUUACUCAGGACCCAUAUUCUGUGAACUCUGUAAAUACACUUGUAAU